AUGUCGACACUUGAGGACCUCGACGACCUUGAGCAGGAGCAGAGAGAGAAGAAGCAAGACCAGAACGAUGGCAAUGGCAAGAAGCCCGAAGGCGACGCCGAUGCCGAUAUGGAAGAUGCCGACAAGAAGGACGACGAGGAAGAGAUGCUCGACGAGGAUAUCCUGAACUCAAGCACGGCAGACAUUGUGACGCGACGGCGCAUGCUGGAAAACGAGAUGCGAAUCAUGAAGAGUGAAUUCCAACGUUUGACGCAUGAGCAAAGCACGAUGAGAGAGAAGGUCAAGGAUAAUCAAGAGAAGAUCGAAAACAACAGACAACUACCAUACCUCGUUGGAAACGUCGUCGAACUACUGGACCUUGAUGUGGAGGCUGAAGCAGCGGAAGAAGGCGCCAAUAUCGACCUGGAUGCCACCCGCGUAGGCAAAUCCGCCGUCAUCAAGACCUCAACCCGCCAGACUAUCUUCCUGCCCCUCAUCGGCCUGGUCGACCACGAGAAGCUGAAGCCCGGUGACCUGAUUGGUGUCAACAAGGACUCAUAUCUCAUUUUGGACACUUUACCGGCCGAAUACGACAACCGUGUCAAGGCAAUGGAGGUUGACGAGAAGCCCACUGAGAAGUACACAGAUAUCGGUGGUCUGGAUAAGCAGAUCGAAGAGAUCGUGGAAGCCAUCGUAUGGCCCAUGAAGGAGGCGGAGCGCUUUAAGAAGAUCGGCAUCAAGGCCCCCAAGGGCGCCCUGAUGUACGGACCUCCCGGUACCGGGAAGACUCUUCUGGCCCGAGCCUGUGCUGCCGAGACAAACGCAACAUUCCUCAAGUUGGCCGGUCCCCAAUUGGUACAAAUGUUCAUUGGAGAUGGUGCCAAGCUGGUGCGCGACUGCUUCGCCCUGGCCAAGGAGAAGGCGCCCUCUAUCAUCUUCAUUGACGAGCUGGAUGCCGUGGGUACCAAGCGUUUCGACUCGGAGAAGUCCGGAGACCGUGAAGUGCAGCGAACCAUGCUGGAACUUCUCAACCAACUCGAUGGAUUCGCCUCAGACGACCGCAUCAAGGUGUUGGCGGCGACUAACCGAGUCGAUGUGCUGGACCCUGCGCUCCUGCGCUCGGGUCGUCUGGACCGCAAGAUCGAGUUCCCUCUGCCCAACGAGGAAGCCCGUGCGAACAUCCUGCAAAUCCACUCUCGCAAGAUGUCUGUCGAGGACAGCGUCAACUGGGCUGAACUGGCUCGCAGCACGGACGAGUUCGGUGGUGCUCAGUUGAAGGCCGUCUGUGUUGAGGCCGGUAUGAUUGCGCUUCGGAAGGGUCUGAGCAAGAUCGGACAUGAGAACUACGUCGAUGCUAUUGCGGAAGUCCAGGCUAAGAAGAAGGAUACCAACAUGGGUAUCUACGUUUAG